GUUUCAGUCGCCAGCUGUGAAUACAGCAUAACCCAACUUUCUCCAGAUGUUCGGAUCCCGCGGACAGCGAUUCAAAGCGAAACAUAAGCUUGUUGCUGUCAGUGCUUUAUGUUUGGAGUCUGUUGUAUUCAACGUGUGAGGUUAGUGAUCCAUGCGUAAAAGCAGAAAACCAUAAGUACUUCUGCACCGUAAUACCGCCUGUUUCAUGGUAUCCCCCAAAUGUAAAACUCCUUUUGUUCAAAGUGGAGAGUGGGAUUGGGUCCAUCAAUGUCACCGUAUUCAACAGUUCAAGACUUGCUUCUGUAUCCAACUUAACAAUCACCAACAGUGGUGUUACAAGUAUUGCACAAGGAGCUUUCAAUUCUUUCCUCGGACUGGUUGUCCUGAUUCUGAACAGCAAUAAAUUAUCUACCAUCAGUGCCUCCUGGUUCACCAAUCCUGCAAGCCUGGUUAAACUUUCUUUGGUCAGGAACAGAAUUCGUGCAAUUGAUGUGGCCACUCUAUCCAACUUUUCCAAUCUGGCUGAACUCAAUCUUUCUCAAAAUGCGAUAAAUACUAUAGCAGACCAAAGUUUCAGGAAUAACUUGAAGCUGUCCAUCCUUGAUCUUUCCAACAAUAAACUGACUUUCCUGAGGACAGAGACUUUUGCAGACCUUCAUCCCCAGAAGCUUGGCCUCCAGGACAAUCCUUGGAUCUGCUCCUGUGAACUUGCAGAUUUUGCAAUCUUCCUAGGAGGUCUUGUGAAUAAAUCUGUUCUUGAUGAUGAGUAUUCUGUUACUUGCCGUGAUCCUCCCAAUUUGCAAGGAACUCCUGUCUGGAAUAUAUCUGAUUUUGGCUGCGAGAUGAGUUCAAGUACAACCUGGCCCAAUCAACAUGUAGCUUCUGAGAGACUGCUCCCAAAAUUACUUGGGCUGCUAGGGCUGCUCUUCGUUCUCCUUCUAUUAGUUCUUCUGCUGUUGAAAAGGAAACAUGAAAAGAAGCAGAUAAUACCAGGAAGGCAAACAAGCAAUAAACAUGAGAAUGACCCCCAAAAGGAGGCUCCUAAAGAAAAAUCUAAUACAGAAGUGCAGGCAGUCAAUUCAGUGUCAGGAGUGGAUGUGAACAAUAAACACACAGCAUCAGUAAUAGCAGGGGUUCAACAGGUAAAUGAAAUUCCUCCCAAGGAUCUGCCUGAAUUAACUUACUGUAGUCAAGAGAUAUCAAAUAUAUAUGCAUCAACAUCUCAGUUGUUUACUGAGGACUGGGAGAGUGUAAAAAACAAGGGCGUCACAAGUAAACAGGAAAAGGCAACAUGUGACGACGGUCCAUCCUCAGUGGUCUUUGAAAAUCAGUCAACAGGAGUUCUUGAUUAUGGAACAGUGAGCAAUUCAAAAGCAUUGGCUAUGUCAUCCUUCCAGAACCAGGCAGGGUCUGAUGUAACAAAAUGGAAUAGGAACGGAAAUGGCAAACCUGUUGGAACGAUCAUACCAUUGCCCAAAAUGGCUACUGACAAUAAUGUGAAUCCAGAUGAUAACCUGGCUAUAACUACUACAGUGGUGAGUAGUAGGCAUGAUGUAGUGAGAAAUUCACUGGCAAGAGAAAAAUUAAACAAAGAAGUUUCUGGCGAGUUGUAUGAUUCAAGCAUCAGUUUAAUGAAUAGUGUGACUGAAAGACAACGUGGCAAGGAAAGUGAAAUGCCUGAGCAAAAUGGAAGUCAAGGAAAUAUUGCACAAGUUGAAACAAGAGUUGUGGAUGACAGAAGAAGGGAAUCAAGACUAAAGAACGAUGAGAAUAGUAUGAAGUGCUCUUCUGGAGUAGGCAACCCUACGUCAUUGAUAAGGGGGGAUUUAUCAACAACUAAAAGAGUGAAAAGAGGCCAGAUCAGCUCCGAGGCUGUAAUCCUUUCAGGCUCGAGACGUGGUCCAGUCACACCAAACAAUGAAACAGCUGUUAAUACAAGCUCACCAACCAAAGGUGACCUUCCUUGGGGCAGUGACUAUGGAUAUGUUAACCUUUUGCAUGAAAUUGUGGAAAAUCAAGGACGCCGUACCAGAGAGCGUUGGAAACAAAGUCACCGAUUCAAAAUAACACAUCAAGUUUGAUACUUUUCAGACCCUGGCUAGUAGCCUGAGGUUGCAAACUCUGACUUGAGCCUCGUAGUUCUUGAGAUGAGACGUUGUCCAUAUUUGUGUCCAAUCAUACAAUGACUAAUCUUGAAUUAUCCUGAUAGUCCCUCGGGAUGGUAUGAGUUAGGAUAGGGCUGCAGUAUUUUGAAUGUUCUAAAAUUUAUGGAGGAUGUACAUAUGAAUAUGUAAGUGUACACAUUAGGAGCAGGAUUAGACCAUUCAGCCUCUUAAGCCUGCUCUGCCAGUUAAUAAAAGCAUGGCUGAUCUGAUUUAACCUCAUUUCUGCAUUCUUGCAUACCCAUGGUAACUAUUCACCUCCUGCUCAUCGAGCAUCACCCAAUGCCUUCAAAAUAUUUAAAGACUCUGUUUCCACUGUCCUCUGAGGAAGAGAGUUGCAAAGACUCUUGACCUUCUAAGAGGAAAAGAAUUGCCUCCUGUUUGCCUUAAAUGGGUUACCCAUAAUACUCAAACAAUGACCCCCCAGACCUAGGUUCUCCCACAGGUGGAAAUUCUCCCCACAUCCACCCUGUCAAGAUCUUCAGGAUCUUGUUUGUUUCAGUCAAACAUGUGACGCUUGACCAGAGCACAUUGGAUUUCCACUGGAUACUUGGGUUUUCUCCCACAUUCCCAACAAUGUGCUGAUAGGUUAAUUAGAUUUCUGUAAAUUACCUCUAGUGCAGGUAAGUGGCAAAAGGAUCAAACGGAGUUGAUGGUUGCAUGAGAGAGAAUAAGCUGCAGGGUUAUAGGGAAAUAAUGGAGGGAUUGGGUCAGUAGGAUUGCUCUGUUAGAACCACCAU